AUGCUCCGGGCCUCAACGGUGCACGCGCGUCUCCUCCUCUCGCGCUCCUACGUAGGCCAGGCAAUGGCAGCUUCUCGCUGGCCUCUCGUCCGCAGGAAGCCUUCGUAUCUUGGAUCUGUACGCCCUUUCUAUCAAAUGGACACUACAGGGCAAGACGAAAAUAAUAUUUUGACUGCAAGAGGGUGCCAUAGCUCCCCUGAGAGUCAAGAAUUAGCAAUGAAAAGCUGUGUUCCAUGCAACUCUAAGGAUUUACAUCCCAUGUCAGAAGAUUCUGCUAAUGAGUUGCUUGAACAGGUGAAUGGUUGGGAACUGAUCACUGAAGGUGGUAUUCUGAAAUUACAUAGAGCAUGGAAGGUGAAGAACUUUGUUAAGGGACUUGAGUUCUUUCAACUUGUUGCUGCUAUCGCUGAGGAAGAAGGUCACCAUCCAGAUCUUCAUCUUGUUGGUUGGAAUAACGUGAAGAUUGAUGUUUGGACUCAUUCUGUCAGAGGUUUAACAAGUAAUGAUUUCGUCCUUGCUGCGAAGAUCAAUGAUCUCACUUUGGAAGGCAUUAUAAGGAAGAAAGCUACAUAG